AUGUAUAUUUUCGUACUUUUAAAAAAAGUAUUGCUACAGAAACAAUCAGAUUCUCUCAUAAGGAAACGAACUUUAGUGAAAAGUUCUAGUAAUGAGGCUGACGUGGACGCAAGCCUGGCUUAUGAUAUUGCUCUGGCUUCGAAGUCUUUGCAUGUAUUGGAAAUACGGCGCGAAAUUCGCUCUGCAAUGAAUGAAAUAUCAGAGAUCAAAGAACAAUUAAAUAAUCACCAAAAUAAUAUUUCUAGCAAUUGGUAUGAUUAUAUUCAAGAUACAAUGGAACACUUACAUGUGUUAUUGAAAAGAGGAAUUGAGCUUGCAUCGGUUGAAAUCCCAAACCCUGAAGAACAUAGAAAAACGAUAUAUUAUGACAAUUAUGAUCAUUAUGAAUACGAAACUGAUGAGUCUUUGUCCGCUAAUGAUCUUGUUUGCGGUGACGACCACAUUUUCCAGGAUGAUUCUUCUCCAUCUGACAUUUCAGCACGUAGUAGACCUGCUAGUAUUAUGUCUCCUCCAUCUCCUGCUUCUGAUGAUAUUCAAGAUCGUUGCCUUAAAUCAAAUUUGGCUCGACGUCAUACAAUGGAUAACGAAGGUGUCUCGGCUGCUCGAUUAUUCAUAGGUAAUCUUGGAUUGAAACAACCUCCAUCCAAGGCUUCUACUACAACAUUUAUCUCUCAAGAACAAACUGAAGCAGAUACUUCUCUUAAUACUAAUACUGGUCAUUCGUCAUUACAACUUGAUCGUGAUAUAUGUUCUUCACCUGCCACACGUCAGCUUUCUCAAUUAAUAAUCCAUGAAUCUGACGAUACAAAUGACGAGUUUGUUGAUGCCGUAGAGAGGCAAGAAGAUAAUCAUUCCAACAAUGACCUCUCUGAACCAUUCCUCAUUAAAGAUCUUACUUCUCACUCGAAACGUUCAAAUUCUUCUCGUUCAUUACCAACUCUUCUAGAAUCGGUUCCUGAAGAACCAAUUAUACCUACAUCUUCUUAUCAUAUAAGCCUUCUUCGGCAUAAACCUGCAAAUUUAUUUGCUCAACAAGUUAAUGUUAGUAACCCAAUACGUAUCGGUACAGGUUAUGGUUCUUACAUUGCUUAUACAUGUACUGUCAAAAGCCAGGAGUUGCGAUCACAAUUGAUAAAAGCUUAUCCAAAGUUCCGCAAAUUGAUUCCUUGUUUACCACCAAAGAGAAUCAUGGGAAAAUUUAUGCCUGAAUUUAUUGAGAAACGUCGCAAAGAUUUGGAAUAUUUUUUAGCCUACGUGUUGCUGCAUCCAAUACUUGGCCCAACGACUGUUUUGAGAAGAUGGUUUGCUGAAUAA